GAACGGCAGGGUGACCAGGGCGCAUGCGUAACACGGCUUGACAGAGCGCGGAGGAAAAAUCCGCGAGAAGGUGGUGGAAGAAGAUGGCGGUGCUGGGGCAGAGUUUGCAAUCUCUCUGAAUAGACUAGUCGAGUAACUAGUCGGGUCAUGGCGUCAAACUCAACUAAGUCUUUCUUGGCAGAUGCCGGCUAUGGCGAACAGGAGCUGGAUGCUAACUCUGCCCUUAUGGAAUUAGACAAAGGUCUAAGAUCUGGCAAACUUGGUGAACAGUGUGAAGCAGUUGUUCGCUUUCCCAGGCUCUUUCAAAAGUAUCCCUUCCCUAUUCUCAUCAAUUCUGCGUUCCUAAAGUUAGCUGAUGUUUUCAGAGUUGGAAACAAUUUUCUGAGGCUCUGUGUUCUCAAAGUUACUCAACAAAGUGAGAAGCAUUUGGAGAAGAUUCUAAAUGUGGAUGAAUUUGUGAAGAGAAUUUUCUCUGUGAUUCAUAGUAAUGAUCCUGUAGCAAGAGCCAUCACACUCCGGAUGUUGGGAAGUCUGGCCUCAAUAAUUCCCGAGAGGAAGAAUGCUCAUCAUAGUAUUCGUCAGAGUCUGGAUUCACACGAUAAUGUAGAAGUUGAAGCUGCUGUUUUUGCUGCUGCAAACUUCUCUGCACAGUCAAAGGAUUUUGCUGUAGGAAUCUGUAACAAAAUCAGUGAAAUGAUUCAAGGUUUAGCCACACCAGUAGACUUGAAGCUGAAGUUGAUCCCCAUCCUACAGCACAUGCACCAUGAUGCGAUCCUGGCGUCCAGUGCUCGUCAGCUUUUACAACAGCUAGUCACGUCCUAUCCUUCCACCAAAAUGGUGAUCGUUUCUUUGCACACUUUUACUCUGCUUGCAGCUUCAUCUUUGGUUGAUACACCUAAGCAGAUUCAGCUUCUAUUGCAGUAUUUGAAGAAUGACCCCAGGAAAGCAGUAAAGAGACUUGCUAUUCAAGAUCUGAAAUUACUUGCCAAUAAAACACCACAUACUUGGAGUAGGGAAAACAUUCAGGCACUCUGUGAAUGUGCCCUCCAGACUCCUUAUGACAGCUUAAAACUUGGGAUGUUGUCUGUCCUCUCUACGCUGUCAGGGACCAUCGCUGUCAAACAUUACUUCAGCAUAGCUUCGGGAAAUGUAGGUUCUUCCCCCAGAUCCUCUGAUUUAGUCAAAUUAGCCCAAGAGUGCUGUUACCAUAAUAACAGGGGCAUUGCAGCUCAUGGAGUGCGAGUCCUAACUAAUAUAACCGUCUCUUGUCAAGAAAAAGACCUUUUGGCACUGGAACAAGAUGCAGUCUUUGGCCUGGAAUCCCUUCUGGUACUUUGUAGUCAAGAUGAUAGUCCAGGUGCUCAAGCUACUUUAAAGAUUGCUCUGAAUUGUAUGGUGAAGUUGGCCAAGGGUAGGCCCCAUCUUAGCCAGUCAGUGGUUGAGACCUUGUUGACUCAGUUGCACAGUGCUCAGGAUGCUGCCCGGAUCCUGAUGUGCCAUUGCCUGGCUGCCAUUGCCAUGCAGCUGCCGGUGCUGGGUGAUGGAAUGCUUGGUGACCUCAUGGAGCUCUACAAGGUGAUCGGCCGAUCAGCCACAGACAAACAACAAGAACUUCUGGUGAGUUUGGCCACUGUGAUUUUUGUGGCCAGUCAGAAAGCACUGUCUGCUGAAGUAAAGGCAGUAAUUAAGCAGCAGCUUGAAAGUGUCUCCAAUGGGUGGACUGUAUACCGAAUUGCCAGACAGGCAUCCAGAAUGGGUAAUCAUGACAUGGCCAGAGAGCUUUAUCAGAGUUUGCUGACUCAGGUUGCCUCAGAACAUUUCUACUUCUGGCUGAAUAGUUUGAAGGAGUUCUCACAUGCAGAACAGUGUCUCACUGGGUUGCAGGAGGAGAAUUAUAGUUCAGCACUUUCUUGCAUUGCUGAGUCUUUAAAAUUCUACCACAAAGGGAUUGCUUCCUUAACAGCUGCCAGUACACCUUUGAAUCCUUUAAGUUUUCAGUGUGAAUUUGUAAAACUCAGGAUUGACCUUCUGCAAGCCUUCUCUCAACUUAUCUGUACUUGUAAUAGCCUAAAGACAAGCCCCCCACCUGCGAUUGCCACCACAAUUGCCAUGACCUUAGGGAAUGACCUUCAGAGAUGUGGUCGCAUUUCCAAUCAGAUGAAACAGUCCAUGGAAGAAUUCCGAAGCCUUGCUUCCCGAUAUGGGGAUCUUUAUCAGGCAUCUUUUGAUGCUGAUUCAGCAACUUUGAGGAAUGUAGAACUACAGCAGCAGAGCUGUUUACUGAUCUCUCACACAAUAGAAGCCCUCAUUUUGGAUCCAGAAUCAGCAAGUUUCCAGGAAUAUGGAUCUACUGGAGCAGCCCAUGCUGAUAGUGAAUAUGAGAGAAGAAUGAUGUCUGUAUAUAAUCAUGUCUUGGACGAGGUGGAAUCACUCAGUCGGAAAUAUACCCCUGUUUCUUAUAUGCAUACAGCAUGCCUCUGCAAUGCCAUCAUUGCUUUGCUGAAAGUUCCUCUUUCAUUUCAGAGAUAUUUUUUCCAGAAACUGCAGUCUACCAGCAUCAAGCUUGCUCUGUCACCAUCCCCCCGGAACCCUGCAGAGCCCAUCGCCGUCCAGAAUAACCAGCAGCUGGCGCUGAAGGUAGAGGGAGUGGUUCAGCAUGGAUCUAAACCAGGACUCUUUCGCAAAAUUCAGUCUGUCUGUCUGAAUGUUUCUUCCACUCUACAGAGUAAAUCCGGACAAGACUACAAGAUACCCAUUGACAAUAUGACCAAUGAGAUGGAGCAGAGGGUUGAACCUCAUAAUGAUUACUUCAGUACUCAAUUUCUGUUGAACUUUGCUAUCCUUGGAACACACAACAUUACAGUGGAAUCUUCAGUGAAAGAUGCCAAUGGUAUCGUAUGGAAGACUGGUCCCAGAACUACCAUAUUUGUAAAAUCCCUGGAAGACCCUUAUUCCCAGCAAAUUCGCCUACAACAGCAGCAAGCCCAGCAACCAUUACAACAGCAGCAACAGCGAAAUGCCUACACACGGUUUUAGCCGUGUGAUGAAUGCGCUACCGACUUUACAGGGAUUGAUCAAAUUGGCAAAAAUAAUAUGUUUUUUCAUAUGGAUUAAGACAUGAAAGUUAUAAUGUGGAGUCCAUUUGUUCCUUGGUUUCUAUAAUGUAAUAUUCUGGAAAUUUUUUUUUAAUUUAGUUUGAGAAAUAAUUGGGUUCCUAGCCAGAAAGAUUUUUUUUCCUCGUCCUUUCUUUUUUUGUUUUUGUUUUUGUUUUUUUUUGUGAGGAAGAUCAGCCCUGAGCUAACAUCCGUGCUAAUCCUCCUCUUUUUGCUGAGGAAGACCAGCUCUGAGCUAACAUCUUUUGCCAGUCCUCAUCCUUUUUCUCCCCAAAGCCCCAGUAGAUAGUUGUAUGUCAUAGUUGCACAUCCUUCUAGUUGCAGUAUGUGGGACGCAGCCUCAGCAUGGCCGGAGAAGCGGUGCGUCGGUGUACACCCGGGAUCUGAACCCGGGCCACCAGUAGCGGAGUGUGCGCACUUAACCACUAAACCACGGGGCCGGCCCACCUCAUCCCUUCUUAAACCAAGACUUUUAUCUCAUAUUUAAAGUUUUUAUUGUUUCUUUUUUUGUUGCUGAGCCUUUUUCUUUUAAGAAAAGUCACAUAUUGGGGUCAUUGAAUUAGUAAAUUUGACUGCUUCUCUAUCAAAAUACAUUACUUACUAGCUGGCAGAGACCUCUAAUUCUGAGCCAGGCGUUGGAAAAUUCUGACCUGGUAGGUGCAGGGUUUACCCAUGGUAGUAGAAACUGAGUUCUCCCGUAGGUGGACCCGAAAGUGUUCCCUGAAACAUCCAGUCUUCUUGAUUACGAGAGCAUGCCAUCUAGCAGAAUUAAAGUAUUCUGCUGUAUUAUUUCAACUACUUACUUAUCUCUUCUAUGCUAAAGCAAUCUUAAUUUAUUGUUUUAGUAUUUAAUUGACCCAAAGAGCAGCUACAUAGAAAGAUUGGAGAUUAAUAGUUUGUUUUGUCUAAUAUGUGUGUGAUUGUGUAUAAUAUACUUUUUAUAUUGUUUUUAAAAGUGAAAAAAUCACUCACAUUUAAUAUCUUAUUAAUGUUUUAAGUUGUGGGGGGCAGAUCUUUUCCUUUAGUUUGGUUUCUUCUUGGCAAGUUAUGUAAUGUUAGACUUGAUGGUCUGGAUAAAUAAUCUCUUUAUAACACAACCUCAAUUAGUUGGGAUGCUCAGGGAAUAGAAGUUUUCUGGUUAGCCAGAAAACCCCUUUUUUUCUAUUUAAAUACAGGUUGAAAACCAUUAUAAAAUAGAAUAAUAAUAUACUUUCUUGUCUCAACACAGUAUACUAGAUAUAAUUUCACUGUUCUUUCUUAAUUUGGGAUCAUUCAGUGCUUUGGGAUCAUGAUUUCUAAACAUCAGGGAUCAUAGGGUUGCAGGCAUUGAUGACGUGGGCAGUUGGGCUGGAAGCAGCUCGUGAGAUGAAGCAGGGCACAUUCCCUGGAAGUUUCCUUUUUAAAUAAAUCUCUCAAUUUC